GCUGCAGAUCUGCACUCAGCCUCAGCCCCAAGCCCUGGCAGGGUGGGAUGCUUUGGUACCAGGCCGUGGAGCUGUUUGAAAUGCAAUUCCUGCUGCAGGCUGGUUCAGAAAUGGAUUUCCUGUGGCUGUGGGGGCAGAAAUGUCUCUGUGCACACGCUCAGAGGACAGGUCCCUGGAUUGCAGUGCUGCUCCAAUGGCCUGUGGUGGCUGCAGGCAGCCGCGGCCCGGGGAGCCCAAGACUCAGCGUGUGGAAGGGUUGGGAGCAGCCCUGGGUGCCUGCAAGGAUUCGGGAGGCCCGAGCAGGUCUGAAACCCUGCCACGGAGAGGCACAGGCCCCGCAGCAGUGCCUGCAUUUCAGCAGCUGCCCAUCGGAGCUAAGCACAGCCUCGGCUCAGAGCUCAGGAGCAUGUCUGCUGGGCAGUGCUGGGGGCCAGGCGUCCCUCCUGUGUGUGCAUGGCCCACAUGGCAGCACCCUGCAGUCAGAGCUGACUGUGUGCACUGGAGGUGGAGUGUUGGAGUGGGAUCAGCUCAGAGCUCUGCAAGGUUUGCACUUUGCUUUCCACUCCACUGGCCAAGCCAGCCAGAUGUGCAGCAGCAGCAGGAUGGGCACGAGGGCCCCAGCUGCUGCGGUGAAUCCGUCAGCACGGACGCUGGUGCCGCUGCAGCCUGGCCCUGCAGCCUGGCAGGGUGAUCUCCUUUGGCUCGGCUCCUGUGGGCUCCAGGACAAUCACCACAUCCAUCGCACCCUGGAAGGAGAAACCCCUGACAAGAACUCAGCUUUGGCAAUAAAGUUGCUUUUUACCUACUGCAAGUGGUGGUGUGGUUAUGGUCUGAUCUUCUAUUGACAGGAAAGCAAAGGAGG